ACGUAUAAUAAUACGAUGGUUCAUACAGAUCAUUAUUAUAAUAUCGACUGUCAGUCGGGACCGAUCACCGGAAGUCGCGUGACGUCAGAACAAGUUGUGUUGACAGCUAGCCUCGGCUAGCCUGAUGCUAGCUCGUCUUCGUGCGUCGGUCCCGGCGAGUCCCUCUCCGAGUCCAGUGGCCGUGCGUCGCGUACCGGGUGGAGACAUGCAGGACCGGUCCAGCGAGACCGGCUUCGUCCAGCAAAUACUGGGUUUUAAUCUGGUGCCGAGGAAGAACGGCACGAACCGGGGAAACGACACGUCCCUCGACGACUUCUCAGAGAUGUGGUACGGCGUGUUCCUGUGGGCGGCGGCCUCCUCGCUGAUCUUCCACCUCCCCGCCGCGCUGCUGUGCAUCUCCACGCUGCGGCAGCACAAGACGGCGCGCUUCAUGCCCAUCGCCAUCCUGCUCAUGGGCGUCGUGGGGCCCGUGAUGGGCGGCGUCCUCACCAGUGCAGCCGUGGCCGGCGUGUUCAAGGCUGCCGGCAAGAGGAUGAUCUCUCUGGAGGCGCUGGUGUUCGGCGUGGGCCAGUCCUUCUGCAUCCUCAUCAUCUCCUUCCUCCGGGUGCUCGCCACCCUCUAGCAGGAGGGUGGGCCUGGCACCAGAUGGGACUCGAGUAGCAGGACUAGACCCCCCCACCCUGGGGAGACCACUCGGGACCCCCCCCCCCCCCUCGGGAUGCAGUUGCCUCUGUUGCCGGGGGUUACAGGGUAGCAGCAGGACGACACUGGUGUGUGUGUGUGUGUGUGUGUGUGUGUGUGUGUGUGUGUGUGUGUGUGUGUGUGUGUGUGUGUGUGUGUGUGUGUGUGUGUGUGUGUGUGUGUGUGUGUGUGUGUGUGUGUGUGUGUGUGUGUGUGUGUGUGUGUGUGUGUUACUGUUUUCUCUCUUCAGUCUUUAACUCUUUCUACUUUUUUUUCUUCCUCAUCUUUAAUGUGUUCAACUAAUUUAAACUGCUUGUGUGUUGUUAUUGAUUCACUGCUUGUGUGUUGUUGUUGUUGUUGAGUCCGGUCAGUGAGAAGCUUAAUUUUAUUCUCCACAAGGUUUUUUAAUAAAUCUGUUUUUAUGGUCUAGGACUUUUUCUUCCUUCUUCUUCUGCUCCUCCUCCUUCUUCUUCUGCUCCUCCUCCUUCUUCUUCUGCUCCUCCUUCUUCUUCUGCUCCUCCUUCUCCUUCUUCUGCUCCUCCUCCUCCUUCUUCUGCUCCUCCUCCUUCUUCUGCUCCUCCUUCUUCUUCUGCUCCUCCUCCUCCUCCUUCUGCUUCUCCUUCUUCUGCUCCUCCUCCUCCUUCUUCUGCUCCUCCUUCUUCUUCUGCUCCUCCUCCUUCUGCUCCUUCUUUUCCUUCUGCUCCACCUCCUUCUUCUUCUGCUCCUCCUCCUUCUUCUGCUCCUUCUUCUGCUCCUCCUCCUUCUGCUCCUUCUUUUCCUUCUGCUCCUCCUCCUUCUUCUUCUGCUCCUCCUUCUCCUUCUUCUUCUGCUCCUCCUCCUUCUUCUGCUACUUAUUCUUCUGCUACUUCUCCUCCUUCUGCUCCUCCUCCUCCUUCUUCUGCUCCUCCUCCUUCUGCUCCUUCUUUUCCUUCUGCUCCUCCUCCUUGUGGAGCUUCGCGAUCAAUUGUGUUCUCCUGGUUUUAUUCCUCUUGCACUUCCCUGAACAAAAGACCCCGUUGUUGAUGAGGAAACCGCUGUGACCACCAGUGUUUGUUGUUGUCCCGGUGCUCGGGCCUCCUGAUGACAUCAUUCAUUUCAUGAAAGACUUUGAUUGGUCUGUCGCGUCUCCAUUAGUAUUAUUAUUAGACGGCGUUGGUUUUAACUCGGUGGACCAAAUAGAUGAUGUCAAGUUUAUUGAGAGAUCAUAACUUUGACAGUCUUGAUGUGGAUUAUCUCAUUUCUUUUCAUUGCCCUGAUUUAUUGGCAUAAUUGAUUAUUUUCUUUUAUUCUUAUGUUCUUAUAUUCCAUAUGUUUGUCUCGGUUAGUUUGUGGACGUGUGGCUACGUGGCGUUUCUUCUCCGUCACAUGAUGUCUGCUGGAACAGAACUCGGGUCCACAUUCCUGGUCCUGGUCCAGAUUGCAAAGUGCCAACGGUUGAUCUGUUCAUGGAAUAAAGAUGAUUCAACCAUCA